CCCGGGUUCUUCCUCCUCCUCCUCCUCUGGCUGCCCAGGGAGCGCUGCGCGGGCCCCGCCGCCUCCUCUGCCCACCGGACCCCGAGGAGCCAACAUGUUGGUGAUCCCUCCCGGACUGAGCGAGGAGGAAGAGGCACUGCAGAAGAAGUUCAACAAACUCAAGAAAAAGAAAAAAGCAUUGCUGGCGCUCAAGAAGCAGAGUGGCGGUGGCACCGUGAGCCAGGGUGGCGUCAAGCGCUCACUGUCAGAGCAGCCUGUGGUGGACACCGCCACGGCCACCGAGCAGGCCAAGCAGCUGGUGAAGUCAGGAGCCAUCAGUGCCAUCAAGGCUGAAACUAAGAACUCAGGCUUCAAACGUUCUCGGACCCUAGAGGGGAAGCUGAAGGACCCCGAGAAGGGGCCUGUCCCCACUUUCCAGCCCUUCCAGAGGAGCAUAUCUGCUGACGAGGACCUGCAGGAGUCAUCCAGACGUCCCCAGAGGAAAUCUCUGUAUGAAAGCUUUGUGUCUUCUAGUGAUCGGCUGCGGGAACUGGGACCAGAGGGAGAAGAAGCAGAGGGCCCCGGGGCUGGUGAUGGCCCACCUCGAGGCUUCGACUGGAGCUAUGAAGAACACGGCGGUGCCCGCUCCUCAUCCUCCCCUCCCCGAAGCCGCAGCCGGGACCGAAGUCAUGAAAGGAGCCGAGAUAGGGACCGGGACAAAGACCGAGACAAAGACCGUGAUCGAGACAAAGACCGUGACAGAGACAAAGACAGAGACCGGGACAGGGACAGAGACAGAGACCGAGACAAAGAUAAGGAUCGGGAUCGAGACAGAGACCGGGAGCGAGAGCGAGAGGGCCCUUUCCGCAGGUCAGACUCGUUCCCCGAAAGGAGGGCCCCUCGGAAGGGGAAUACUCUGUAUGUGUAUGGAGAGGACAUGACACCCACCCUCCUCCGAGGGGCCUUCUCCCCCUUUGGAAACAUCAUUGACCUCUCCAUGGACCCACCAAGAAACUGUGCCUUCGUCACCUACGAAAAGAUGGAGUCUGCAGAUCAGGCCGUUGCUGAGCUCAAUGGGACCCAGGUGGAAUCCGUGCAGCUCAAAGUCAAUAUCGCCCGCAAACAGCCCAUGUUGGACGCUGCUACUGGCAAGUCUGUCUGGGGCUCCCUUGCUGUCCAGAACAGCCCUAAGGGUUGCCACCAGGACAAGAGGACCCAGAUUGUGUACAGUGACGAUCUGUAGGAAACCUUUGUGGAUGGCUUCUAGGACACGAAGCUGGAUUCCUUGUGCCUCAUAUGCCCCCAAGCUGGUCUCAGUAAAAUCCCGGGGCAGAAGCUCAUUCACCUCCUUCAGCCUCUAGUUUUUCAGCCCUUGGGAUCGGGGUUAAACCUUCAAAAGUGGCUGUCAGUGUUGAUGUUACUUGUAGCAACAUGACCAGUGCACACCCCUGUUCUCUCACCCCCAAAAAGAUGUGGAACACA